GCGACACGGGGUCUGUUUUCGCUCACAUGCACGCUGUGCGUUCCCUAAGCGAAGAAGUUUUGACAACCAACACACGUUUGUAGAUUUUUUUGAGCUUGUUUGAUAAGCAACACUGUUCUUCCACAAUGAGUUCUCAGAUUACUUGUGUCGGAUGGGUGGGGAGAGGCGUUGCCAAGGAAACCCCGGACAAAGUUGAGUUGAGCCAAGAGGAGCUUCAGCGCAUCAUCGCUGAAGCUAAAGAGGAGCUGGGGGAGCUAGCAGCCGAGGAGGAGGAGGAAGAAGAAGAAGAGGAUGAUGAAGGUAUUUCUUCAGAUCCUAAUAGUAAUGUCACUGAAGCUGCUGAAGCACCAAUGGAUGGGAAUAAAGAAGAACAGGAGGAAGAUGAUGAGCUGGCAGAGUAUGGCUUGGAUAAAUAUGAUGAAGAGGAUACAGUGGCCUCUAAUCUGGGCGACAGUCUGGCUGGACUCACAGUGUUCAGCUCAAAUGACGAGGAUCCUUACGUCACCAUCAAAGACACAGACCAGUAUGAGCGAGAAGACUUUCAAAUCAAGCCCAGUGACAAUCUCAUCCUCACAGGCAGGGCCGAGAAGGACUGCUGCAAUCUGGAGAUCCAUAUUUAUAACUCGGAGGAGGACUCUCUGUAUGUGCAUCAUGAUAUUCUGCUGCCGGCUUACCCACUGUGUGUUGAGUGGUUAAACUUUGAUCCUAACCCUGGAGAAGGACAUGCUAACUAUGCGGCUGUGGGCAACAUGACUCCUCAGAUAGAUGUGUGGGACCUGGAUGUGGUGGACUGCUUAGAGCCCGUCUUCUCCUUGGGGAGCAAAAAGGCCUCCAAAAAGAAGAAGAGCAAGAAGGGGGCGGCAGCAGAACCUGUCGAGGGACAUACUGAUGCAGUGCUGGAUUUAUCCUGGAACAAACUGGUCAAAAAUGUGUUGGCCAGUGGAUCAGCAGAUGAAUCGGUUAUUUUGUGGGAUCUUACUCAAGGCAAGCCGGCCACGACUUUGCGCAGACAAACUGAUAAGGUUCAGACGUUAUCAUUCCACCCAUUUGAGGCACAGACUCUUUUAUCUGGAUCAUACGACAAGACAACGGUCCUUUACGACUGUCGAAGUCCCGAUAACAGCUACCGCACCUGGAGGUUUAGUGGUCAAGUGGAGCGUCUCGUAUGGAACCACUUUUCCCCGUGCAACUUCCUGGCCAGCACAGAGGAUGGAUUCGUCUACUGCCUCGAUGCACGCUCCGAUAAACCAGUUUUCACACUUAGGGCUCAUGAUGAGGAAGUUUCAGGUUUGGACCUCAGCAGCCAGAUUAAAGGUUGUCUGGUCACUGCAUCAGCUGACAAACAUGUGAAGAUUUGGGACAUUUUGGGCAACAAACCCAAUCUGGUGCACUCACGGGACAUGAAAAUGGGCGUGCUGUUCUGUGCUUCUUGUUGCCCUGAUCAGCCCUUCGUCUACGCCUUUGGGGGACAGAGGGACGGCCUGCGGGUUUGGGAUAUAAGUGAUGUUGCAACAGUGGCUGAGGUGUUCGGCAAUCGAGAGCGCCUUGUGGUAAACGCAGGAUCACAGGCAUUGAGUUCAGCAGCCACAGCACAGAUGGAGGUCUCCUAGUGGUGUCCUGGAUUUAUCAACUAACUGUAAAUUUGAAUAAACUGAGGAUUCCUGGUAAACACUGAGGCUGCUGCUUGCUGGUGCCCUUCUCAUUUUGCAGUUCAUGGAAAAUGGAUUUGAAUAAAUGAAAGCUGCAUUCAUGAAGGAUUUGAAAGAUUUACCAGAAUGCCAACCAAACUACAAGCGCUGAAAAAACGUGUUCAGCUUGUUUGCUGCAGAAAACAACAGAGUGGAUGCAUAUUCAUAGACGUGUGAAAAACACAAGAAAAGGUUUCUUAUAUUUCUAUAAGGGAAGACUUCCAGGAUUUUUUUUUUGAUCCAGUGAUUGAAAUAUUUGAAACGACUCUGUUAAAAUGUUUUAUGUUUCUUUUACAUCUGUUUCAUUUUGCCAUUCUUUGUGCAUUUACAGAUGCUUUCUGCCACUAAGACUAUUUUCACAUGACAAUGUGUACUCUUGACAUUGCAUACCUGGGUUUCCUGGUAGUCAUCUUUGGUAAUAUGAAAUAUUGAAAAAAGCCUGUGGACUCACAUCUGGCCAAAGUAUUGAGUAAUGAUAAACUCUUUAAAAUAUAUGUGUUCAACCAAUAAAUAAAAACAGUUGAUCAUGUCA